CUAUUCACAUUCAAAAUGGCGGAAGUCAAUGUUGAAUAACAACAUUGUAGAAGUGUAGUGAAAUUAUAUACUAUGUCUUAGAUUUUAACGUUUCACAUUUGAUGAUUGCUCAAAACAUCAACUGUAAUCUUUUCUUUCCUAAUUUCUAUUGACCUAGUUACUCAUGUGAUUCUCACAUACAUUUUCCAAUACUAAAAUCGCAGUUGUGUUUGCUUCGCAACAGUGGGUAAGUAUUAAAUAAGGAUCGCUCUUGUUAUACGACUGAUUGAUUUUACAGCAAAUAGUUAUGGAAUCUAAGUGGCGAUGUGAACGUUGCACAUAUGAAAAUUACAUAGCUUCACGAAAAUGUACAUUGUGUACAGCACCUAGGCCUUCAUACGUCACCGACGAUGCAACAAAUGAACGCGACAUAUACAAGAUGGCUGUUUUAUCUUUAGCAGAUAAUAGUGAUCAUGCAGGUCCUAGCAACAGUGGAACAAUAAGUCCUAGAUCAAGUGAGAAAUGGCCAUGUUGCGCAUGUACUUAUUUAAAUUGGCCUAAAGCGCUUAAAUGCGUGCAGUGUCUAACUCCAAAGCCAAGAUCAGUUAGGGCAAUUAGUGAAGAAAACCUUGCUAGUGGAGGAAUUGAUAAUAAAUGGUCUUGUAGGAAUUGCACUUUGGACAAUCUUAUGAAAUCCUGGAAAUGUGCUAUAUGUGGGACACCUAGAAAAAGCCCUUCUCCGCCGUUUUGCGAAGGAGCUUCAGCUUCGAAAGAUAAUCGUAGACGACAAACCUUAUACAGAAAAGAGUUAUUAUGGCUAAAUGCGUGUAGAGGGGUCCUCGAAAACAAUAUAUUACCUGUAGAGGCUUAUCUUACCUCGGGAGGUGAUCCUACUAGAAGUUUAACAGAAGAAGAGUGUAGUUUAUUGGAUAGACCUAGUGCUUUCCAGCCUAAUCAGAAUCUUGUACACCUAGCUAUCAGAUUUCGUCAAGAUGAUAUGCUUAGGGUUAUUUUAGCUUCAACUGAGUGCAUGAAAAAAGCAAAAAAGCGUCUCCCUUCACACGCAUCACCAGAUAUCUGUAAAGAAAUACUUCACCACCUCUCAACAGUCAUUCGAGUUCGGAAAGGCGAAUUUGCUUGCUCCUUUGUGACAGAAAUUGCCACCUAUUCGUUACCCUGUGAAAUUGAACAUUUACCUGCAAAUAUUAACAACGAACUUUUGGAUCAAAUUCUUGAUAGACAUGUUCAGAAGGAAUUGGAGGAAGAAGAAGCAGUUACAAAUUGGAAUACAGAAUUAACAACUCAGCUGCAGAGUCGAUUAUACCCUUUAUGGAAUAGGACAUCUGGUGAUUGUCUUCUUGAUUCUGUUCUGCAGGCAACUUAUGGAGUAUUCGAUAAAGAAAAUACUUUGCGCCGAGCUCUAGCUGAUAGUCUUAUAGAAGGAGGUCAUGCUUUUGAGAGACGAUGGAGAGAAUGUGAAGCAAUGGCGGCGAAAGCGUUACAUUUUACAUUGGAUGAACGUCAAUUGUCGCGCGACUGGCAAAUACUCGUGCAGGCGUCUAAAAUGGUAGGAGAACCUCUUGAACAAUUGCAUGUGUUUGCACUAGCCCAUAUUAUGCGGAGGCCGAUAAUUGUUUAUAGUAUAAAGUGGUUGAAAUCAUGGAAGGGUGAAAGGUUGGCCCCAACUUGCUUCGAAGGCGUGUAUUUGCCACUCCUCUGGGAAAUUUCAUUUUGCUCAAAAUCUCCUAUUGCUCUAGGAUAUACUAGAGGUCAUUUUAGCGCUCUUGUAGGGUUAACCGGAGAGGACAAUAAUGAUGAAAUAACAUAUUUACCAUUAACUGACAAGUCGGGUAAUCUCUUAGCUUUACAUUUUCUCUCUCCUCAACAACGAGGACGAGACGAAGCCCUUUUACGAGCUUGGUUAGAUUGCUCUGUAACCACCAGCGGUUUUUUGGUGGCCAAACAAUAUUAUCAGAAUCACAGAUUAUCUGGAUUAGUAAAGAAUAUGAAUGCCAAGUGGUUGGGAGAGUUUGUUGAAUGUAAGGGCGCAGCGGCUGCAGCUUCUGGAUACACUAGAGAUGAGAGUGAUGCUGAAUCGGAAGAUGAUGUGUAA